UUCAAUCAAAUCCGACAAUCCGUUGCCGUUUCUAAGCGGCUAAUGUUAUUCGAAAUAUUGGGACCUGAAUAACCUGAUAGCUUCUGCUGUGUUGCUUAGUGGAAGAGGGACAGUAAAAAAAAUUAAAAAUAAACUUAAAAUCAAAAUGAGGGGAAGUACGAAACAACAGCCUUCUAACACACUCUUUACAAUUUUCUGUUUUAACUUAAAAACUCAGAAAUCUUGCUUCAGAGCUUCUCAUUAAUGGCUGAACGACACAAAAAUCAGAUCCAUGAAUUCCAAAAUCAAAUCAAUAAACCCCCUUUAAAUAUUCGGGUUUACCAAAGAAGAAAUCGCCCAAAAUCAAACCCCAAUUUACCCGAAGAAUUGGUGAUUGAAAUCCUCAAACGCUUACCAGUUGCAUCAUUACUUCGAUUCAUGUCUGUUUGCAAAUCAUGGUAUUCUUUAAUCACAAACCCAUCUUUUAUUUCUGUUCAUUUAUCACAUCAAUUAAACCCCACCUCAAAAAAUGGUGUUACUACACUUUAUAGUGUUCCUUGUAAAUUGUUUUUGCAUAAUGUUGAUGAACCUAUAGAUAAUUGGGUAGAAAUUGAUUCUCCUGUUGGUUGUAUGGGUUUGAUUGUUGGUUGUUGUCAUGGGUUAAUAUGUGUUUUUGAUUAUUCGUCGUUUCGUGUUGUUCCUUUGAUUUUGUGGAACCCUUCAAUUAGAAAAGCUUUCACCCUCCCAUUACCAGCCUUAAUGCCAUCUUUUAUUUCACAAGAUAUCGGAAUCGUAAAUGGAGGUAUUCCAAGUUGUAAUUCGCCCAAUUUUACUAUUGGGUUUGGGUUUGAUUCGAAUUCGAAGGAUUAUAAGGUGGUGAGGGUGUGUUGGAAGUGGGAAAUUGGGGAGAAACAUUAUACAUACUUUCAUGCUGAUGUUUGUAGCCUUAGUAAGGGUAAUUGGAGGACUGUUAAAUCUCGUGUUGAGGGUGGUAAGUUUGUUCUCGAUCGUAGGGGGGUGUUUGUGAAUGGGGUUAUCCAUUGGAUGUGUAAGAUGAAACUUCCUAAUGAUGUUUUUCUUAAAACAGUUUUGGCUUUUGAUCUUGCUAACGAGGACUUUAGUCAGAUUCUUUUGCCAAAUCCGAUGUCUAGUGCUGUGUUGUUGUCAGUUAAGUUAGUCGAGGAUAAGCUUGCUGUUUCAUGUACUGGUGAUGCAGGUAAUGUAUGGGUGAUGGAAGAGUAUGGUAUAAUAAAAUCCUGGAGAAAGCUUCUUGAUUUUAAUAUAGGAGAUAAUGUGGGUUCAGUAUUAGGUGCCAUGGUUGCCAGGGAUGGUAAAAUUGUGGUGACAACAUCUGUUGGAAAUUGGAUUUCAUGGGAUCCUAACAAUCAGGACUUGAAGAAUCUUGCUCUGCCUAUCCUUGAGCCAACAUAUGUGGAUACUUAUGUCCAAAGCCUGGUCUUUCUCAGAUUCAAAAAUCGAGCUCUGCGUUGCAGGAAACUUCCUGUGGAGAAGAAAGUAGGGAAGAGAUUGACAACACAACAAUAUAGGAGCUACUUGCGCUUUUAAGGAGUGAGGAUUAUUAUCGGAACUGAACAAUGUAACACUCAUGUUCAAUCGGCUAUAUAUACACUCACAUUAUGUAAAUUCCGUUGUCAUAGCGGCCCCUCCGCCCUGCGGUGAAUGUAUAUAUUUAUUCCAGCAUGUAAUGUUGAAAUUUGUCUCUGUAAAUGUAAACAUGACAAGCUCUUGAAUCACCUGUAAGAAUUUGGUUUACUGUAUUGAUCCGUAUUUCAGCUGCUGUUAAAGUAAUCCUCUGGUACUUUGUAAAGUAUAUUACGAAGUAUAAGAUACACCUAUAAUUUUAUAAAUGAUGUUCAGUUACAGACGACCUUCAGCUGAAAGAUGGCAUAAUGAAUAGAUACCAUCAUAUUUUA